CUGCAAAAGUGUUGGUCGCCAUUAUCGAUUUGUGGCAAAAAAAAAAUCUAGAGAAUUAAAAGAUUGCGUUACAACUUUACGCACCGGCUAAAGAGCGCAUUAAACGCGACGUUAAAUCCAAUAUUGGAGCAGCUGCAACAAAUGAAUUGUUUUUGCACCACCAGUUAGUCGUGUUUUUUCGUUAAACAAUUGCCACAACAACUAAUCAAUAUCAAUACGUCUCUCUCUCUCUCUCUUCCUGUCUGUGUGCGUAGUAUCAGUGUUUCCGUGUGUGUGUGCGUGUGUAUGUGAAUAUUGGUCCAUUCUUUGGUGCACAUAAUCAAAUUAGAUUGGAAAUAUAUAAGUGUAUAAAUUGAAGGAAAAAACAUCAUAAAAACAGCUUCAUCAUGACUAUGGCUGGGCAAACAAUCAACGACAGGCUGCUGGCUGCCCGUCACAGCCUUGCUGGCCAAGGACUGGCAAAGUCUGUGUGCAAGGCCACAACGGAGGAAUGCAUUGGGCCGAAGAAGAAGCAUUUGGAUUAUUUGGUGCAUUGCACAAACGAACCGAAUGUCUCGAUUCCACAUUUGGCCAAUCUACUUAUCGAGCGUUCACAGAAUGCUAAUUGGGUGGUCGUCUAUAAAUCGCUGAUAACAACACAUCAUUUGAUGGCCUAUGGCAAUGAGCGUUUCAUGCAAUAUCUCGCUUCGAGCAAUUCAACAUUCAAUCUCAGCUCCUUUUUGGACAAAGGAACUGUGCAAGAUGGUGGCAUGGGAGUUCCAGGUGGCAGAAUGGGUUAUGAUAUGUCACCCUUUAUCCGACGUUAUGCCAAGUAUUUGAAUGAAAAGUCGCUCUCCUAUCGCGCCAUGGCUUUCGAUUUUUGCAAAGUAAAGCGCGGGAAGGAGGAGGGAUCGUUGCGCAGCAUGAACGCGGACAAACUCUUAAAGACGCUGCCAGUUUUGCAGGCACAAUUGGAUGGGUUACUAGAGUUCGAUUGUCAGUCCAAUGAUUUGACUAAUGGUGUCAUCAACAUGAGCUUUAUGUUGCUGUUUCGUGAUUUGAUUCGAUUGUUUGCUUGCUAUAAUGAUGGAAUUAUCAAUUUGCUUGAGAAAUACUUUGAUAUGAAUAAAAAGCAGGCACGCGAUGCUUUGGAUUUAUACAAGAAGUUCUUGGUCCGCAUGGAUCGUGUUGGUGAAUUCCUGAAGGUCGCAGAGAACGUGGGCAUUGAUAAGGGUGACAUUCCCGAUUUGACGAAAGCGCCCAGUUCUUUGCUGGAUGCCUUGGAGCAACAUUUGGCUACGUUGGAGGGACGUAAGGUGUCGGCUGCCAAUACGCCCACACAAUCGGCGAGCUAUCAACGCACGAAUGUAAAAUCUGCUGUCUCUGCACUCUCUUCAACUAGCUCGGCAUUUGGCACCGCAGCUGCUUCAAGUAAAUUUGAUACCACCAAUGGCAUUGAUGAGCAGCUGAAAGCUCAGGUGCUGGCCGAGGAGGAGGCCGCCAUGAAUCAGUACAAAUCCAAGGUAUCGUCGCCCACCAGUAGCGGUGCUGCUGGCGCUAGCGCUGCACUAACAAAUCCAUUCCUAUCGUCACCGCCAGCCUCACAGGCUGGUCAGCCGAUAGUUGAUCUGUUUGGUGCCGCGUCGGCACAGCCCGCUGCUGCUGCAGCAUCGGCGUCACAAGCGCUGGCCACAAAGGCAUCCGAUGAUUUGCUGCAGUUGGGUAAUCCAUUUGCUGACAUGUUUGAGGCCAGUGGCAACAGCGGCGGCAAUGUUGCAGCUGCCGCAGGAGCAACAGGUUUCAAUGGCGCUUCAGUUUCCUCCGCUGCCGCAACAAAUGCCUUCGUUUCCGAUAGUAAUUUCACGUCUGUUUUUGGUAAUACGGAACCUGCAGCGUCCUUGUCGUCGUCAUUGCCAAAUCCCUUUUUCGAUGAUAUGCAACCCAGGGGCGUUGCCUUUGAUACUUUUGUGGACCAGCAGCAGCAUCAACCUCAAGCAGCGAUGUUUUAUAUGCAACAACAACAGCAUCAGCAGCUGCAACAACAACAAGAUAAUUUGGCGAUAUUACCACAAUUUCCUACAGGCUUCGAUGCUUUGGGUGAUGUUCUCAAACCGGCCACAGCCAAUAGCAACAGCAAUCAAAUGAAUGUUGUCGCCACAGGUGCCGUCUUCCAGGGCUACAAUAGCAGCAGUCCAGGGCUGACACUGCAGCAACAAAGCUCACUACAACAUCAAUCACAUCAGCAACAGCAGCUGCAGCAACAACAACAGUAUCAAUUGCAUCAGCAACAACAACAGCAAACAGCUGGAACUGGAAAGAUAAUAACCGGCGAUCUGGAUAGUUCACUAAUGUCACUAGUUGAUAAUUUAAAUAUAAAUAAAACGGCAAGUGCAAAACCCGUGCAAUGGAAUUCACCUAAAAAUACAGCGAAACCAGGUGCUAAUUGGACACCACAACCAAUGGCGGCUACAACUGGUGCUGGCUAUCGUCCAAUGGGCAUGCCAGUGAUGGGGCAGCAGCAACCGAAUAUGAUGCCACAGCCAGCCCCUUUGACUGGGGGGCAACCGACGAUGAUGGGCGCGCCGCACAAUAAUGCGGUCUCGGCGACGGGCAUCAUGCAACCCACGCAAGCCACGAUGAAUGGAGGCAAUAAAACCGUUCCAAUGGAUCCAUUUGGAGCGUUAUAAGGCGGUAUCAGCUAUAUACAUUACACAAAAACACACACACACACACACAUAUAUAUACACAAACUCACAGAUACACACAUUAAGCGCUAUAACCUCAUAGGCAGGCAACAUUAUACACAUUAUAUUAUACAAUAUAAUAUAUUAACAAUUAUUUGCAGAUAUUAAAACGUAAAUUCAGAAGAAAAAAACUAAGAAAUUAUUAAUGUUUACACUAUGCUACAUACGAAAAAAAUUGAAAUGAGAUGGCAAGUAGAAAUUCUAUUAUAUGUUAAGCAUUGAGCUAACACAAAAGUUAAUGGCAAAAUGCGUAAAUAUAUACAUAUAUAUUUAUAUUAUUAUUAUAAAAUUAUAAAAUAAACAAAAGCAAAUGAGUUUGACUAUUUAUAUGUAUACAACAAUUUAUAUAACUAUGCAAAAAAAUUACACGAAAAAAUUAAUUUUCAUAAAUAGCUAAACUGAAACAAAAGCAGAACAAAUGAGUAAAUUUUGUGAAAAAUGCUUAUAUUUACUCGUAUGUAUGUAUGUACAUCUACAUAAUAAGUUUAAGGAAAAACCUGUAGUUGUGUCCAACGCCAAUCACUAAACAUUAACACCUAAAGCUAAACCCGUUGAAUCGACUAUGCUAAAUCUGAUAAAAAUGUACACCGUCGAAUAUAUUGUCACAGCAAGAUUAUAGACGCCAUAAUUAUACUUAAGUGAGAGCAAAUCUUGAAAUUGUAAUUGCGAGCGUCUCAUAACAUUAUGCAAUAUUUUAAUCCGUCUACGAAAAACUAAUCUCGUUUCCUAGUUAUUGUUAUUUCUGUAGCCGGCUCUUUAUUAUUUCGUAUAAUUCUGUUUGUUGUUAAAAAUCUUUGUUAUUUAAAAAAAAAUAAGAAUGAGACUCCGAAAAGUUAAUCGUAUUUGUAAAGCAUUCCAAACUAGUAUCAAUUUGGUCCCAAAUUUAAUUUGCGUAAUAAAUUUUGUAUAUGUUUAAGUAUUAUAUCAAUCUGAAAUGAGAUGCAUUCGUGCUGUAACGCUUUAUUAUUAUUGUACAUUUGAAAAGCAACUUUAUAUUGAAGUAUAUGUAAUAACUUUUAAGGUUCACGCUGUAUUAGAUAUUCUUUUAAUUGCUUGCGGCGUUUAUUUAAAAAAUAUAUCAAAUCUAUAUAUUUAUAUAUACAUAUAGUUCAUUUUUAAAUUGUGUAAAUACUGUAAGGGGCGGCAAAAUGCUGAACUUUGUUUAAAUAAAAGUCGCAUAUUAUACACAA